AUGCGACCUCCAAGAAUGGUGAUAAUUGUUGCUUUCCUCCUUACUACUUUCUUUCUUACAUUUCUAUCUCUGCGGUCCUCUCAUUCACCGCAAAAUGUAGCUACUUCUACGACUCCUCCAAAGACAGGAAUACAGUCCUUAUUCUCCUUCCGAGCUCCCUUCUCCCUCUUCCCUCCUAAUGCGAUAAUAACACUCACGAAUGAUAAUACGACUGCUUUCUUGGCAAGGCCUGCUGCCUUCGGACCUUUAUUACCUAACGAGGGAUUAAAGGGACAGCUUUGGAUAGGGAGUGGGUUUGGAGAUGAUAGCAUACGGCAAGGUCCUGUUGCAUCGGGGGCGGAAGGCGAAUUAGGGUGCAGUGACGUACCAGGUUGGGUCGAUAACUAUGCGAAGUCCGGCGCGACAGAAGGAGCCAAAUCUAGAGGCGAUAAAUCUGCGACGACUGCGAGUAAAUCAAAGACAAACAAGAGGACGAAUGUGGGUGACAAAUCCUUCAUUGAUCGUACGUCGAGUAGUUCUACAAAGAAUAAACACAAUGGGGUAGAGCCUUCGGUCGGAGAUGGUACCGAUGACUACCUUCACCAUCCUCUAUCAGGAUCAGCAGUGUCAAAGCCUACGGACAAGCAACCCGCAGAUAUCAAGGCAAAUCAUGCCGAUAUUCAAUCUAUACAGGAAGGUGCGGAAAUCGCUGGUAAGGUUGUUUUAUUGAGCCGUGGAGGCUGUGGAUUUUUGGAAAAGGUUAAAUGGGUACAACGUAGGGGUGGAAUUGCUUUGAUCGUAGGUGAUGACAAAAGUGGCGGACCGCUCAUCCAGAUGUAUGCUCGGGGCGAUACAUCAAACGUGACCAUACCAGCUAUCUUUACCUCUCGCACCACGGCACAUCUACUUUCUUCUCUUAUAGGUCCGGGUACCUUUAUGGAAGAUGCGCUGGAUGAAAGUGGUAAGGCGACAUUGAAGGUACAGAAGAAUCAGAAGUCGAAGAAGGUUUCGAAAAAGAAGACGAAGGAAUCUCAGCCCACAUUUACAACUACGACAACGACGCCCAAAGCCACAAAGGCGACUCGAGCUGAUCUAAAGAAAACGACUAAGAAAGCACCUUCGAAAGUUGAGGAGAAAACCACAACGAUCGAAACACAGAAGCCUGGCUGGUUCAAGUCUUUGUUUUAUGGGGCCGGUGGACGAGGUACCGUUAAGGACAGCAGUCGACCACCGAGCAGUGGUCAACUUGAUUGGGUUCUGGUCGAUGACUGGAAGGAUGAUGACAAUGCCGGAACGAAGAAAAUAUCCACCGCCAAACUUACCGGUCAGGAAAAAGCGGAUGCAUACAAGAAGUCACAGCAAACUGGCAAGGGCGGAAGCAAGCCUGCGUCAGGGGAUGAUUUCGUUAUUGGUGUUCAGGAUUGGCGUGAUCCAGACUUGGUAGGGUCAUCUGAUAGCAAGGAUUCCGAGAAAAACUCGAAAACAAGUUCUACCAAGACGGACGGGAAAAUCGAUGCAAAUAAAGCGAAGAACGAAUCACCCCAACCAACAAAGGCAGGAAACAAGAACUCGGGUGGUUCCACGGAGGAAAAGACUGAAGUCACGCCUAAACUACGAGGGGGGAGUAUUACACCUGGUAGUGGAGAGUAUGCACCUAAGCUCACUUCCGAAAUGGAUAAGGUCAAGCCUAAGGCGAAGGAGACGACAGAAAAAUCCAGCUCGUCUGGUAGCAAAACAAAGGGUAUUUUGACAACUAUAUUUGGCGAUGACGAGGAAGAUUUUGAGUUUCUUGCGCCAGGAUCCAGCAGUACGGGCAGUGUUGAUAUAGAUGAUGAAGAUGAUGAAGAUGAUAAUGAUGGAGAAGACGAAGAAGAUGGACUUUGGGUCACAUUAACACCCACCAGUGGAGCCAGUCCAUUCCUCGACACUCUACUAGUACUAGUAGUCAGUCCGCUUGUCACUUUGACCGUGGUCUACGCAUUACUACUGCUUAGAUCUAGAAUAAGGCGACGCCGUUGGAGAGCACCGAAAUCGGUUGUCGAAAGAUUACCAGUCAGAACUUAUCAAACUAUUAAUACACCUGGCAAUCGAUCCCCAACAGUGUCAUCCCCGACUAGUCCCUCGGCAACCACUCCUCUUCUUUCGAAUACCCCGCCGAGCAGACCACGUCCGAGAUCGCGGACAACGACGGGCAUACCAGAACCAGGAGAUAUUGCUCGAGUCAUUUCAAAUCCAUUACAAGCACCUACUCUCUCAACUCCUCAGCCUAAUGAACAUGAAAAAAUUGUUGGAUCGCCGAGUCAGUGGAAAAAGUAUAUGGGCAAGCAAGUAGAGUGUGUAGUGUGUUUAGAAGAAUACGUGGAUGGUGUUAGUCAAGUCAUGAGUUUACCUUGUGGCCAUGAAUUCCACGUGGAUUGCAUAACACCCUGGUUGACAACUCGUCGCCGAACAUGUCCCAUCUGCAAAGGUGAUGUCGUUCGUUCCCUCGCCAGAGGAUCACCAUCUUCUCCGCGCUAUGAAGCGUACCGUGAUGAUGACAGCGAUGACGAAAUACAAGUUCAAGCAGCAGAAUCCGUAAACCCUUCCUCCUCAUCUGCCCUACCACUUUCCCGUAAUCUCGAAGAUGAGAUUGUAGGGGAUCUAGAACAAGGAAUUUCCCCUUCAACGCCAAGUCGCGCCAGCAGAUCUGUUGAUAGACGUGGAGAAAGUUGGAGGAAUCUGGAUCGAGAAGUAGAAGUCCUAGAAGGGGAGAAGAAGAUCGGAAUCGGUGAACGUCUCGUGAGAGAUUAUAUGUCAUUUUAA